GGGACGGCCGAGCGUGACCGUGACCGUGACCGCGACCGCUCCGGCUGGCCAGCAGAAACGCCGCUGAGGUCCUGGGGGAGCAAAAAUAUCUCCACAGUGUAUUGACCUGGAGCACUCGGUAGCCGUGCGACCUUCUCGAGGCUCUUUUAUUUCUUCUUCUUUAAAAAAAAAAAUCAUCUUUGGCUAUUUCUUCUUUUGCAGUCAGAUAGAAACAUCUAGAAAAAAAAAAAAAAACAACCCAUGAUGUCAGAGCACAGCAGGAAUCCGGACGGAGAAGAAGCGGUUCCUGGCGAGGAGAUUGACGAAGAUGAGAUCCUGGCCAGCCUGUCCCCCGAGGAGCUGAGGGAGCUGCAGUCGGAAAUGGAAGUCAUGGCUCCUGACCCCGGCCUUCCCGCGGGAAUGGUCCAGAAGGACCAGACGGACAGGCCGCCCACGGGGAGCUUCGACCACAGAUCUCUGGUGGACUGUAUGUACUGGGAAAAGGCGUCCAGGCGGAUGCUGGAGGACGAGCGGGUCCCUGUCACCUUCGUGACGGCCGAGGAGAUCGCCCGGGAGCAGCAAGGAGAAACGCACAAGGGCAACAAGAACACGUUUCAGUUUUUGAAACAGAAGCUCAACGAUGAGACAGCUGCCAGCAAGAGAGAGUCACGGGGCAGCGACGGCGUCCGGGAAACGGAUGAUGAAGGAGGAGAAGAUGAGGAAGAAGAAGAUGAUGGAGGAGGAGAGGAUGACGGCGAAGAGGGUGAUGGAAAGCAAAGGGCAGAGGAGGGUGAAGCGAAGGAGCAAAGCGGGAACUGCGAGAACAGCCGCCGAGACCCGGGGGCGGCCACCGGGGCGUCCAGGCCGCAGAGAGACGGGCCAGGGGGCCGGGAGGGAAAGGUCUCGAAGCUGGACCCCCAGAGGCUGGCCCUGGACGCGGGCUUCCUGCGGGCGGGCGGGGGGCCCGCGGGCGGCCGCGCGGACCUGGACGGGAGCCUGCGGCGCGUGCGGGCCGACGACCCGGGGCUGCGGGAGCUCAACCUCAACAACAUGGAGAACGUGCCCAGGCAGGCGCUGCUGGACCUGGUGGGCGCCCUGCGCAGGAACAGGCACGUGCGGGCGCUGAGCCUGGCCAACGUGGGCGCGGACGACGCGGUGGCCUUCGCCGUGGCCCACAUGCUGCGGGAGAACCGCAGCCUGGCCUCGCUCAACCUGGAGUCCAACCGCAUCGGCGGCCGCGGGCUGGUGGCCGUGGUGCGCUGCCUGCAGUUCAACGAGACGCUCACCGAGCUGCGCUUCCACAACCAGCGGCACCUGCUGGGCCAGCAGGCCGAGGCCGUCCUAAAGGCAGACGUCAGGGGGUCUCAGUGCCAGCUCUGUGCGGCUGGAAUGGUGUUAUUUUGA